AGCAGUUACAUUUUGAGCAUUCAGUUCAUUAGAGAAGAGCUUACAUUUUAGUAUAUGUCAUUCAAGAUUGCUGCAUCCAAAGUCUACAUCGCCAUGGCUGUUGCGAACCAGAGCUUUGUCACAGAGUUUGUUAUUGUUGGUUUCCCUGGACUUCAGCCAAAGUUCUACAGCCUUGUCUCAGCUGUGUUAUUCCUUGUUUAUUUUUGUACAUUGUUUGGGAAUGUUGUUGUUUUCAUCUUGUUUGCAACUCAAAACAUUCUCCAUAAACCUAUGUAUUUUAUCUAUUUAAAUCUGGUGGUUUCUGACAUGCUAUUCAGCACAACCACUUUACCAAAGAUUAUUGCCAGGUAUUGGUUUCAGGCAGGAAUUGUUUCUUUCUUUGGUUGUUUUUUGCAAAUGUACUUAGUGCACUAUUGUGGAGGUGUAACUAGCUUUAUACUAUUAAUAAUGGCUUUAGACCGAUAUGUGGCAAUCUGUUACCCACUCAGAUACACAAUGAUAAUGAAAAAAUCCACUGUUCACGUACUGAAUGCAACUGCAUGGGUGCUUGCACACCCAUCCUGUCUUACUGUGGUAAUCAGGGCCUAUCCUCUUCCUUACUGUGCUUCAAACACAAUAAUGCAUUGUUAUUUUGACCAUACUUCUAUAACAAAGCUUGCAUGCACAGACAGAACCCCUUAUAGUUUUCCUGCUUUUGUUGUGGCAAUGGUAAUCCUACUUGUACCUCUUAUAUGCAUUGUUUAUUCAUAUUGCUUUAUUAUUUUUGCAGUUCUUAGGAUUGCGAGCACCCAAGGGCGCAUUAAAACUCUUUCUACCUGUAGUGCGCAGCUUAUUAUCAUUGCCCUCUAUUUUCUUCCAAGAUGUUUUGUUUAUUUGUCCAGCAACAUUGGUAUUGAAUUCAGCCCUGAUGUACGUAUUGUUAUAGUAAUGUUGUAUAGCCUUCUCCCUCCUAUGAUCAAUCCUUUAAUAUACUGUUUAAGAACUGAGGAAAUAAAACAGAUAUUGAUUAAGCAAUUUAGACCAACACAAGUUCUCAUUCAGUAAUGGAGGAAAACACACAGUGUAUUUUGCAUUGAAAUGAAAUGCUGUAUAUUUGAAUAUGUAUUUUGUAUGAUUGAUUUUAUCAUUUUUAUAUAAUCUUGGUUCCUUGUGAUGUCCAGUCCAAUCCAUUGGCUUGAGAACAGCAUACACAUCA